GGUCGGAAGAAGGGGUAGCAUUCUACAGGGGAAACCUCGACACUUGGCAACAGAGGAUACAAGAGAUCAACGGGUUGGAAGAGCUUACCCAGGUAGUGCGGGAGGCAACACUGAAAAGGGAGUGUGUACGUAGGGGGGACAAAGUGGGGAGGAACGACUGGUAUGAUGGCGAGUGCAAGAAGGCGAAGAGGGAGGCGAGAAGGAGGUUGAGGCUGUGGAGACGGGGGAAGAUAGGGGUGGAUAGAUAUAGGGAAGCCAGGAGAGAAUACAGAGAGUUAUGCAGUAGAAAGAAAACAGAAUUGAGGGAAAAGGAGGCGGCAGAGAUUAGGGGGAUAACAAGGGAAGGGGAGGUCUGGAGGUAUCUGAAAAAAGGAAAGAAGGGUAGGGAGACGAUAACCAGCGAAAUACACAUGACAGAAUGGAAGAGUUACUUUAUGGGAUUAUUGGGAGGGGUUGAAACGAGGCUAACGGGGUUGGGAGGAUAUGAGGGAGAUGGGGGAGAGGAGAUAGCAGAAGAGGAGAUGGAGGCGGUGCUUAGGAGAUUGAAGAAGGGAAAGGCGCCAGGUGAAGAUGGGAUACAUAACAAAGCAUGGUUGGAAGCAUCAAGGGUGGUGCGAGUGAAGUUGUUGGAGGGGAUGAAUAUCGUAUGGACAGGUGGGAUUCCGGAGGGAUGGAAAGUGGGGGUAAUUUGCCCAGUAUAUAAAAAGGGUAAUAAGGGAAGUGUGGAGAGCUACAGGGGAAUUAACCUACUAGACUCGGCAUACAAGGUAUACACGAAGAUGCUGCUGGGAAGAUUGGAGGAGGAGAUAGAGUUGGGGGGAAUUUUGGCAGGCAAAAAUUUAAUAUAAAUUUUAUCGUUAAAAUUUUGAGAAUUAUCAUUUUUGAAAAUCUAAACAAUUUUUGUUAUAAAGACAAUUUACAUAAUUCUCUCUCAUUGAGUUACCGACAAUUUUAAACAAUAGCUUAAUUUGAUAAUAAACGUAAUGAAACACUUUAGCACUUCAAAAAUAGGCCAGAAGCUUCAAGAUUUUUCAACACGAAACACGUAAACACUCAAAAAAUGAAAGCUUAUGUACUCAUUUACUAUUUUUUGAUUGUUAUAAAUUUCCAAAAUAAGAUUUUAGGACUUCCAGUUGGCGAAGAAGCGGAAAUAACAUGUGCUUUUGAAUCAGGUAUAGAUAAAGACUUAAGUAAUAACGUUUCAUUUGCAAUUCCUCAACCAAUUCCAACCGAAUACUACGCUUUUCUUCAAUGUUUAUACGAUAAAAAAGAUUUUAUAAUCGAUAAUAAUCUCGACCAUUAUUAUAUGAGUGUAAAUGCUCAAAUUAUGGGUCUUAUGGAUCAAGAACUUGCAGUAGUAAUCAACGAUUGUGUAACAACCUCAAAAGACGAAGAAUCCGUCUCAAAAACGAUCUAUAAUUUCGAUUCUUGCGUAGGACGUGGAAUUCUUCCUUAUUUCGGUUAUGGAACACCUUUGGACGAAAUUGCGAGUAAAUGCGCUAAAGAAGCCGAUAUAAACGAAGAUGACGCAGUGCUUCCUUGCGUUUUAAUGACGGAAUCGCCGACAAUUAGAAUUUUAAAGUAUUGGGAGUGUAAAUAUGAGAAGAGGGGAUAUUUUAAUGAGGAUGGCUCAAUCAAUUACGACCAGAUUAAAAGCAGUUUAUCAAAAUUGUUUACUGAAAGAGGAUUGGAUUUGAUUGUCGAUACUUGUCAUCAGGAUUGGUCGAUUUUAAGAAGCGAAAAUGUUAUACGGGUUGAAAAAUGUAUUGGAAGUAGAGUUAUUAAUAUGGUGAUGCAUUCAAAUGAGAUUUUAGAAAAUUUGUGUUACGAAUAAAAUGUUUAAAAUUAAAUAAAUAAAGUUAUUGUUUUAAAAUUUUAA